AUUGCGCCGCGAAUGCCUAAUGUCCGAGGCACAUCGAAACUGUUGAAACAGAGUUUACUGAUUAUAAGUUUAUAUGAAUGAUAUCUUUCAAAAUCCAUUUAUUUAUAUUGUUUUUAUCGAAACAAAACGAUGCCGAAAGUAAAUACGAUACUUAAUUAUUUCACAUCUCCAAAAAAUGUCAAAAAGCCGGAGGUGAAAAAAGAGCAGGUAGAAAAUUCGCGGACACCCAAGACAGAACAAAGGAAAAAAGAGCUCAAUGGAAAUAAUGGAAAAGAAAAUCAAAAUUCUAAUGAUAGAAAAAGAUUACAUAAAAAGAAUGACGAUAAGAAAGAAAAUGAGCCCGUAAAAAUUAAAAGAAGGCGCCUAAUUAUUCCUGAUGAUGAUUCUGAUGAAGAUAUUGAAAAUGAAUUCAAGCCAGAUUCCAAAUGUGAAGAAUCUGAGUCAAUUUCGGAAGGAGACGUAGAGGAUGAAUCUUCAACAGAAACAGAAGAAGAUACACCAAAAAAAAAAAGAAAGACAUCCAGUGUUAUGUCCAAACUCAAACAAGCAAAUAAUUCAUCUAAUAAAGAUAAAAAAGAAUUGAAACAGUCUGCACAUAUUCAGAAUCAGACUAUAAAUAAUGGAAUUGCUGCUGCACAUAUUUGGCCUCACUUGAAAUUAGAUUUUCUGCAGCCAGACAAAAUAAGAGACAUACAGAGGAGAACAUUAAAAGAUCCAAAUUAUGAUCCUAGGACGCUUUAUGUACCAAUUGAUUUCUUAAACAAUCAAACUCCUGCAAUGAGGCAGUGGUGGGAAUUAAAAAGUAAGCAUUUUAACUGUGUACUUUUUUUCAAAGUCGGCAAAUUCUACGAGUUGUAUCACAUGGAUGCAGUUAUAAGUGUUAAUGAGCUUAGCCUCACAUAUAUGCGAGGUGAAUUUGCACACUCUGGAUUUCCUGAAAUCGGCUAUGGUCGUUAUUCGGCGAGCCUCAUAGAAAGAGGUUACAAAGUUGCGCGAGUCGAGCAAACUGAAAAUCCGGAGAUGAUGGCAGCGCGCUGCAGCAAAAUGACUAAAUCAACAAAAUUCGAUAAAGUUGUAAAGCGAGAAAUUUGUCAAAUCAGUACAAGAGGAACUAGAGUAUAUACUCCAUUAGAUGUGGAAGCAUCUACACCAAACUCCAAUUAUCUGUUAUCUUUAGUAGAAAAAUGCGAUCCUGGUCAGACAACCAGCUCUUUCGGAGUAUGCUUUAUAGACACAACAAUAGGCGAAUUUAAUCUCAGUCAAUUUGACGAUGAUUAUUGCAAUUCCAGAUUGUUGACUUUGCUGGCUCAUCAUCCACCAGUGCAUAUAAUAUACGAACGCGGUAAUCUAUCGCGAAAAACUUUGCAGCUUAUAAAUAACACUCUACCAGCAGCACUAAAAGAAUCGUUACAACGCGAAGCACACUUCUGGUCUGCUACAACUACAUUAAAAAAUCUUCAUGAAGGCGAUUAUUUCAAGAAAGAGAAAGAUUCCAACUUUGCAUGGCCUGAAGGUUUAAAAUCAUAUCUUAAUGAAGGAGAUAGCUUGGGUUUAACACCAGCCAAUGACAAAGAAUUAGCAGUACAUGCAUUAGGAGGAUGUGUGUAUUUAUUGAAAGAGUUUCUGCUCGAACAGCAACUAUUGGCACAAGGUUGCUUUAAUACUUACAUUCCACCGGAUUUCUCAGCUGCAAACAAUCGCGCAGGUCUCAAUUAUACAAAUACCAUGGUGAUAGAUGCUGUUACAAUAAAAAAUUUAAGACUUUUUGGAGAGAAUUCGCUCAAUAGUAUUUUGGAUCGUUGUUGUACUGCAUUUGGCAAAAGAUUGUUGCAUGAAUGGAUCUGUAGGCCAUCUUGUCGUAAAGACAUUAUAAUGAAACGUCAGGAAGCUGUGCAGGAAUUGGUAGAUCGAAUCGACAUAAUACAAUCAGCUCGCGCAAUUUUGUCAACUCUACCGGAUCUUGAAAGAUUAUUAAGCAAAAUACAUGCUCAGGGAAAUGCAGCUAGAAUGAAAAAUCAUCCUGAUGGCAGAGCCAUAAUGUUCGAAGGUCCAACAUAUUCGAAGAGGAUAAUUGUAGAGUUUACCAUGACACUUGCUAAAUUUGAAGAAAUAUUGAAAUUUAUUGAGCUGUUUAAUGAUUUUAAAAGUAAGUUAAUAAGCCUUUGUACCCAAUAUGAACCAGAUGGUGAUUUCCCUCAUUUAAGGGAAAUAUUAGAUUACUUUAAGACUGCAUUUGAUCAUGAAGAAGCCAAAAAACAAGGUUGCAUUGUUCCCAAAAGAGGAGUAGAUGCCGAGUAUGAUUUAGUCUUGGAGGAACUUGCAAAGAACAAAAAAGAUUUAGACAGAUAUUUAGAAAAACAAAAACAGCAUUUUGAUUCAAAUAUAACAUUUUUUGGAACAGAUAAAAAACGUUAUCAAAUCGAGAUUCCUGAGUCGCGAGUUAAGAAAGUUGGUCCUGGAUAUGAACUACAGUCACAAAGAAAAGGUUUUAAACGUUAUUAUACUGCCGAGGCAAAGGAACUUUUAGCAAGACAGAUAAAUAUAGAAGAGCAGAGAGAUAAAGUACUGAAGGAUCUUAACAGGAGAAUAUUUGCACAAUUUAGUGAAAAAUAUGAUAUGUGGCAUAAAGCUAUUUACAAAGUGGCGACCAUGGACGUAUUCAUUUCUCUCGCGGAUUACGCUCGAAACGGCGAUAUGUGUAUACCGGAGAUUCAUGAUGGAUUAGAUGGUGAGAUAUUCAUCAAGAUAAAAGACGGAAAACAUCCUUGUAUUGUAUCUGAUAACUUUAUUCCCAAUGAUACACUAUUGGCAUGUGAUGACGCUGCCUCCUUUAUGAUUCUGACAGGACCGAACAUGGGAGGCAAAUCAACUCUCAUGCGUCAAGUCGGCUUAAUCACGAUCAUGGCCCAAAUAGGCAGCUAUGUCCCAGCUAGUUCAUGUUGCAUAACAUUAGUGGAUCGUAUUUUCACACGUUUGGGUGCUAAUGAUGAUAUUCUGACUGGUCAGAGCACAUUCUUGGUUGAACUAAACGAAACUGCCACGAUGUUGCAACAUGCUACGCCCUAUUCAUUGGUUCUUCUCGACGAAUUGGGACGCGGCACAUCAACCUAUGAUGGCACGGCAAUAGCGGCUUCGGUUGUCGAUGCGUUGACUAAGUUAAAAUGUCGCACAUUAUUCUCGACUCAUUAUCAUUCUUUGGUUGAGGAUUACAAAACCAAUACAGAGGUCACGUUAGCCCAUAUGGCAUGCAUGGUAGAAACGAAUGAAGAAGAAAACGUAUCACAAGAGACAGUGACAUUCUUAUACAAGCUUAAUGAAGGAGCUUGUCCGAAAUCUUAUGGAUUCAAUGCUGCUCGAUUAGCAGGAAUACCAUCUAUUAUCACAAAGAAAGCGCACGAGAUAGCCAGCAAGAUAGAACAAGAAACUAAUGACAAACACAUUUUUAUUGCUCUUUGUAAAGCCAACAGUGCUCAAAUAAGGAAUUUUAUUACUGCUCUUUAAUAUGCCAAAUAUACAUUAUUAUGCAUACAUGUUGAAUAAAUACUCGUAUAAUCGUUUCAAUGAUAUAAUCAUCUAAUAAAUCAUAUCUAUUCAUGACUAUUAAAAGAAUAAUCAUUUUUACAGCUAGAUUUAUAAAUUGUAAGUAUCCUUAAACAAAUUAGUUACUAAUACGGAAAUAAUAUUAAAAAAUAGAUACACUGUUCACACAUAGGUUACACCGUUCCAGGAAGAAACAAAGCAAACUAAUUUGCUUAUAAAAUUUUAUUCAUCAUUAUCAGAGUAUAAAAAGGCUACUUUUAUGACAAAUAUAUAUAUAUAUAUAUAUUAUGUGUGUUAUAAUUUAAUUUUACUCACAUCAAACCAUUGCGUAAAAAUUUAUAUAAAAAAAAUUAAACGUGCACGGCUUUUUGGUGUAAAAUAAAUACAUUCAUGUACUACACCCGCUACACUAUCGUAAAAAAGCGAAGUGAUGACGAAAAUAUAUUAAAAUACAUGAUUUAAGAGUGGGAAAUAAAGUAUCGUCUCUAGACGCGCGCGUUUCAUAUAAAUUAUGCGAUGACGAUAUUCCCUUUUUAAUUU